AUGCAGGAAGGACUCAUGACUUUUCAGGACAGUGGGUCCUCGACUAGGACCCAAGGAGAGUCUCUGGGGGGCCGUGGGCAAGAGGAGCUCAGCGCUCUCACGAGCACUUCAGCUUCCGUACGUAGUGGGGAAUCUCCUCUGCCGCGUUUUGAGGCAUCUCACGACGGCUGCGAGAGGAGACCCUGGCACUCAGCGUGGGAAACCCCCUACAGAGCUGCUGCAACACCACCUCCGUCGCCGCCUGCUCCUGCAGCUGCGAACUCAGCCAGUGGUGCUGCUACAGCUGCAGGAGGGACGCCAGAGCACGCAGAAUCAGAAAUUAGAGUGUCUGAAACAGGGGCUCCGCAGUGCGUUUCCCCUCCGCACAGGCGGCUGGGGGACCCGCGGGUCGCUCGAGCUUCCGAAGAGGACAAACGACACGCGCAGCAGCAGUGCAAACUGCAGGAGAUGCUGUUGGUCUCCCCGGUAUUGCCUCUGGGAGAUAGCGACAGCGAGGACCGCUGGCCUCUUAGGCUUGCGAGGGUACCGUCUGUUGAAAUGUUGCAGCAGCUCAGAGGAGCAGCAAAGAGAAAUCAGAGUCCCAUAAAACCUCAUAGCCCUGCUGCUGCAAAUAGUGCUGCUCCGGCUGAAAAUGUCGCAGCUAUUGAAGCUACCGCGCCGGAACUUACAACAGCAGCAAAUGGAGGCGACGAAGCACGUUCAGUGGUCGCUCCACAGAAAACCAGUGGGAGCAGCACGAGGACGAACGACACCUGUGAGGAUUGCGACGUUUCAGAUGAAAGCAGCAGCCACAGCAGCAGCAGAAGCAGCAGCAAUACGAGCAGGCACGGUAAACCUCAGCGGCCCUCGAAGUUUCCCUAUAUCCCGGAUAUUCCAUGCACGUUUCUUAGUAGUAUUAAGUUUCGAGCCAGCAAGUCUGUGAGCCCUUCUGGUAUCUGUGUACGGCGAGGAUCUCCGGAAGGAGCAACAGCAAGAACAGAAGCAGCAUCAGCAGCAAGCGCAGUGAAUGCGGGAGCAAAACGAAUGUUUACAGGAGAUGACGUACGAAUAGACGCCCAGCCACUCGCUGAUCGAGGCCCCAACAGUGCGUGCGGGCAUUGCUUGAUAGCCCACAGAGACAGUGACAGCCGGGUCAUUGAUAGAAACACGGAGAAUCAGAGGAAGGGUGGGAGUGUGCCUUUUCUGGAGGAAGCAUCUGCGGAGCUCUUCGCUACCGCUAAUCGCCCACAGGAGAAAACUGCCGUAAGCACCGUGAUUGCAGACGAGAUGCUUCCCCCUGCGAGUACUGGGCUGGACUUGCACGGCGCUUUUCAACAGAAGGAACACAACGGAACGCAAAGGCAAAAUGAGCUGCGGUGUAUGCUGCAGCAGCAUCCGGACGGGCAAUGCGAAACUGUGCAAAAACAGGGACAGAACCAACCGCAGCAAGAAACGCAUGUGCAGCAGCCGCAGAAGCCUCGGGACUUUGUCCGACGGCUUGCUUUGGGUUUGCUUAUGAAACAUAGAUCCCACGGGAAGGAGCGCACAGCGUGGUUAAGGCGCAAAAGCAGCAGCAGAAGUAACCAAUCGGAAACACCGCAACAAACUCAGUUGCAAAACAGGAAGGAUGAGAAACAGGAACACCAACAACAGCACCAGCAGCAGGAGCAAGACGACAUCGAGUGGGAGUCAUGCUGCCUGCUGCAGCCAGCAGACGAGAAGAAGGAUAGAGGCGCUGCCCUUAACAGCAGCAGCAGUGGCAUGGAAUGGGGAGGAUCGCGAAGGGCUCCUAGCAGGUUGCAACGUAUGGCCUUCUCUAUGGGCUGUUUUGGGGAGGCGGCACAGCGCAGAAUGGAAAUUCAAAGGGAAAACUCCCCUUCCCUUACCCCUUCUCAGUACAAAGCAAGGAGAAAACAGCAGGAGGUGCCGCCAGAUGAUGGGUCGCUUUUCCCUCGCGGUCUUGCCAACCUCAAAAACACGUGUUUUCUUAACGCGGCUCUCCAAGCACUUGCUGGCAUUCCCUGCUUCGUAGCGUCGCUUCAAGCUGGCUUGCCACCAGAGCCAGGCUUUAGUGGAACCCACUGGAAAAGUUCCAGGGAGUGUGACAAGCUUCCCGGAGAAGACGACGGUGCGGUUAUUGCUGCGGCAGCUGCGGCCUGUAGUAGCACAACUGCGUCACCACAGAGUGAAGAAGCUCAAGGUCAGCAGCCUCAAGAACUCGAGCAACACCAUGGACGGUCACAGGCUUUGCAGCAAUGGGAGUCGCUGCAGCGUCAGCGGCCACAUUACCAGCAUCUACUGCGGCAGCUGCGCCUCCAGCAACAAAGAAGGAGCAAGCAUCAGCCAGAGUGUCUCGGAUCUCUUGACGAGAACCAGCGACGAUUUCUUCUUAGAGAAUUCUUCACUUUGCUAUGCAGGCUGACGUGCUGUCCCAGCAUUCGGCCUCUAGCGAGCGCAGAUCAACCCACCGAAGGGUUGGCCGCUCAGAGACCGAGAGAAUCAAAUUCUGCUGCCACUUGCAAACCAGAGCAGCACCAGCAGCUCCAACAAGUAGUUUCUGUGCAGCCCGGCACCAUUCGGCCGGAAAGAUUCAGGAAAGCUCUCGUGGCUCCUCUUGCAGGUCUCCUUCUUAAUGAUUGCAACAUGCAGCAGCAACAAGACUGCCAUGAGUUCCUUAGGAGCCUCAUCGAUUUAAUUCAUGAAAUACUCAAAAGUUGCAGAUUGGUGGGUUCUUGCGUUAUUGCUGCCGUUGGUAUCAUGGUAUCAUGGGCUGGAAGCCUGGCAGGUGCACCUGAACCUUGCAGCAGGCCCAGCUCUUUGUGUUCACCCAGCUUUACGGGUGAGGCAGGAGAGAGUGGAGAUCCAGGAGAAGCAGUCAGAGACGGUAUGAAGAACGCAGAACUUGCUGAGAAAAAGUGGAGGGAGUACCUCAAAGAGCAAGAGUCCCCCAUGGCAGACUUUUUUGCUGGACAGGCAAGAACUUGCGUAUCUAAAGCUCACGGUUCUUUUGUUUGA